CCACAAAAGAAGUUCAAAGAUAAUGAUUAUUCAAACAACUAUAUCCAUACUGGUGAAUUACCUUCAAAAUUUGUUCGUAAUGUUAAGAAUCCAGUUGAAGGUUAUCCAAAAUUACAACGUCUUUUCCAAUUGAAGGAAAGACAGACACAAGCUUAUGCGUGUACACCAUUUGGAUCUCGUGUUGAUAUUGACAAUAUGGUUCCAACUUUAAACAAAUGGAUCCAUAAGGAUAAAUUAGUGUUUGAUGUUAUUAUGAUUGGAUCAUUAACAGAAAACCAAUUCAUUUACCCAUUAUUAACUCAAUUACCAUUAGAAAAAUUAUGUUCCAAACCAGGUUUUUUAUUUAUUUGGGCUUCUGCACAAAAAAUUAAUGAAUUGACAAGAUUAUUAAAUAGUGAUGGAUGGGCUAAAAAAUUCAGAAGAUCUGAAGAAUUAGUUUUCGUUCCAGUUAAUAAAGAUUCACCAUAUUAUCCAAAUAGAGAUGGUAUAGAAGAUGAUUCAUUAUUUGAAAAAAUGCAAUGGCAUUGUUGGAUGUGUAUCACUGGUACUGUUAGAAGAUCCACAGAUGGUCAUUUAAUUCAUUGUAAUGUUGAUACUGAUUUAAAUAUUGAAAAUGAAGAGGAUAAUAAUAAAAAUCUUGUUGUUCCAAAUCAUAUUUAUAAAGUUGCUGAAAAUUUCAGUAGUGCUAAUAGAAGAUUACAUAUUAUUCCAUCCAGAUCAGGGUAUAAUAAUCCCGUUAAACCAAGACGUGGUUGGGUUAUAAUGAGUCCAGAUAUUAUAAUUGACAAUUUUGAACCAUUGCGUUAUAAAAAUGAAAUUACCGAAAUUGGUACAAAUGUUCCUCAAGAUAAUGAGAUUGAGAAUCUUAGACCAAAGAGUCCAGUU